CAGCAGUCGGAGAACUUCUAACUCUUCCUGUUGACCAAAUUCUGUUGGUUUGCUUUUAGUUCAGUGAUAGCUAAAGCUCUCAACAUGGUAAUCCCGCGGGCAUCAUGGAAGUGCGGGGCGUUCAUGCUCUCGUUCUUGGUACUACUUUCGACGACUCCCGACAUGACUUCGGCUGUCGGGGACAAGGUCGUGUGUUAUUAUGCUUCUUGGGCACACUACCGUACUGGAGCCGCCAAGUACACGGUGGACGACGUGCCUGUAGAACUGUGCACUCACGCCAUCUACGCCUUCGCUGUCCUGGACGCCGACUCGCUCGUCGCCAGAGAGCACGACGCGUACUUGGACAAGGCCGCCGGGCUCGACAACUACCGUCGUUUCGUCAGGUUGCGCGAACGGAAUCCGCAAGCCAAGAUGUUGCUCGGUCUGGGUGGCUGGACGGACUCUCGCAGCGACAAGUACUCUCGGCUGGUGUCGGAGCCGCAGCGUCGCACCGCCUUCGUCAGCCACGUGGUCUCCUUCCUGCAGGAGUAUGGCUUCGACGGACUGGACUUGGACUGGGAGUACCCGGGAUACCAGAGCUCUCCUCAGGAUAAGGAAGGUUUCCGCCUGUGGGUGGAGGAGCUCCGCACUGCCUUCUCACCCCGCGGCCUUCUCCUGACGGCGGCCGUGUCCGCGGGGAAGAGUGUGAUCGACCAGGGCUACGACAUCCCCGCCGUGGCGAAGGCGCUGGACCAGAUCCACCUCAUGAGCUACGACUUCCACGGCUCGUGGGAAAAGCGGGUCGCCCACCACGCCCCGCUGUUCCCCGCCCCCGGCCAGGAGAAGGAGCUCUCGGCUGACUUCGCCGUCAGGCACUGGAUCAAGAGGGGCGCGCCUGCGUCCAAGCUGGUCCUAGGCGUCCCCUUCUACGGCCGGUCCUGGACUCUUGCAGGCAAUGACGCCUCGAGCGGAGCGCCGGCUUCAGGCGCAGGGCGCCCUGGCCCUUUGCUCAAGGACGCAGGCACCAUGGCGUACUAUGAGAUCUGCCAGGCGCACCAGCGCGACGGCUGGAAGAAGGUCUCCGGCCCAGACGGACCCCAUCUCACCCACGGAGACCAGUGGGUCGCCUACGACGAUAUUGCCGCCAUCAGGAAGAAGGCGCAGUACGCCCAACAGAAGGGCUUGGGAGGAGUCAUGGUCUGGGACAUCGCCACGGACGACUUCCGAGGCGCUUGCGGCAGGGGUGCCAACCCGCUCCUGUCGGCCAUAGCGAAGGUGCUGACAGGUUCCAGCCCCACGUCCUCCGCCCAGCCGCCCACCGUCAGGCCUAGCACUCCCCGCCCGGUCCAGCCAACGACUCUCCUCCCCAUGCGACCAAGUCCGUCCCACCCCACGCCCACGACGCCCUCACCGGGGGGCCAGGUGGACACAGCCGAGUGCAGGACCACCGGAUUCACCGCUGACCCAAGCAGCUGCUCCUUCUUCUACCGCUGUUCCGGCGACUCGACCUACCGAUACCAGUGUCCUGGCGGCCUCCACUGGCGGCAGGAGCGUCUGGCCUGCGACUGGCCCGACGCCGCAGGGUGCGCCUCGGCCUAA